GCUUGUCGGUUUGACGCGAAGAGUUGCGACUAUAUUAACACUAAGUGCUGUGAUCGACAAUUGAACUUGAAUUCCCCUUUAUUGACAUAAAAAGAACAAAAUGAGACGGUCGGCUCCGGUUAUGCGGGAACCGGUGUCGAUUUCGCUGCCACCGCAAAUUCACGCUUCAGUGGUUAUGGGUCAGCGCGGAAAGAUAUUUCAAAGAGUGCAGGAGCUCACCGGGGCGCGACUGUCAUAUAUGGAGCAGGACCACCGCGUUGAUAUUCGGGGGCGCCACCAAGAGGCGGAGAGGGCGGCCCGCCUGCUCGAGAAGACGUUAGAGCACUAUCAGUACUCGGGCAUGCAGUUUUCCCGUAAAACCAUCUACAACAUCCUUGCACCGGAGCUCUCAGCCAGCGAGGAGCUGUCGCUGCUGCCCUGCAGCCGGCCCGUCAUCAGCGUGAUGCCUGGCGGCCCGACCAGCGACGGCUUCGUCCUCUCCCUCCCCGCCUCCGACGUCGCCAGCAGCAGCGGAAGGCAGGCGCCGGGCCCGGAGGCGUCGACGUCGGGCCUGGACGGCCGGCAGGGGCCGCCCGGGCGCAUCCAGGUGCCGCUGCUGCGGCCCGCCGCCGACCUGGACGUGUGCCUGCAGCAGCUCAUAGACCUGGCGGCGGUGGUGUGCAUGCAGCACCCGGCCGACUGCGACCGCAUGGAGAUACGCCUCUACCUGGGCAAGCUGCUCCUCACGGAUGUGACCACCAGCCGCCGCCAGCUGCCCACGCCCUCCCUGAUGGAGUGGACCUACCCCCAGGACGGCCGGGCGGUGUUUGACACCUCCCUGCCACAGGACACCAUCCGCUCACUGGACAGCUACCUGACUGACCGGGGUCUGACGGUGACGCAGCAGGUCAAGAGCGCCAGCCUGCACCUGGAGACGUCCAUCCCCUGGAUCCAGUACCACCCCACCUUCUCGGUGGCGGAGGAUGGAGCGCUGCGCAUCUCCAAGCUGGAGACGCUGGGCUGCAAGCCGCUGACGCUGGCGCUGGUGGGGCCCAGCCACAUCGCCGACGUGCGGCUGCGCUACGUGGCCAGUGUGCAGCACGGCGCGGAGGACGAGGUGGCGGAGGAGCUGCGGCGGCGGCAGGGCGAGUUUGCGCUGGUGAACGGCACACAGGUGGUGGUCCCCAGCGACCUCCGGGACAUGGACCUCACCCUCACCUCGGCACGCGUGAAGCUCAAGCGCGUGUACGUCACGCCACAGCCGCUGCCACCCCCUGGCAGCAGCGGCAGCGGCGAGGCGGGCGGGCGCAAGCCCCGCACAAAGCGCGCGGCUUCAGCGUUUGGGCCGGCAGCGGCGGCGGCUGGGUCGGAGCUGCCGCCGGUCAGCCUCAAGGUGUCGGCGGCGGGCGUUGUCGACAACCUGGGCGGCAAGCGGCUAGAAGUGACGGUGUCGUGCCCGGAGCUAAACGCGGCGCUGAUGCGGCUGCACCGCACACGUGAGGAGGCGCCCGGCGCGCGGGAGGCACUGCUGGCGCAGCUGCGUUCGCUGUUGGCGCACGUGGCACACAUGCGCGCCAACGUGGCAUUUGUGCCGUGAGCGGUGGCGGGGACGGCUUUGCAGCGAGCCUGAGGCACCGCGGCCGGCGUACAGGAUGUGCCUGGCGGUGAGGCGCAUGGGCUUGCUAAGGUGUGAGGCGGACGGGUUCCACCUGCUAGGCGGCACAGGUACGGACAGCAGGGUUGGAGUGGCAUAUAUGGUUUGUGAACAUGUGCUGGAGGGUGUGCAGGCAUGCAGGGGUGGCGGCCACGUGCACGGCACUGUGCCGCACGGAAUGGCAAGACGGAUAUCCAGAGUAGAUACAGCAACGCAGCGGGGCGGGCACGCGCCUGUGCUGGUUCGGAAGAGCAAUGAUGUUUGUGGACAGCAUUACAAACGGUGUAUUGAGGUGUAUGUUGCAUCGGUGCAGCGGCCUAGUGUGUUUGUGGUGGUUGUGGGGGGCGGGGGGUGGCCAACCGACGCAGAGCACUUUAUCGAUGCGCUUCAGGAGGGGCGCACACGUGCACACGCGAAAGUGCACGAUGCAGAUUGGUGCUGGCGCUCAUUACAGCCUGUUCACUUGAUGAGACAGAAGGCUCACUGGACAUUGUCACUUUAAACACAUGACCAUGUAAUGACCAUCCCCG